GAGCGGAACGCCCGGCAGGAGUUCAAGGAGAGGCACAUCCCUGGGGCAUCCUUCUUUGACAUAGAGGAGUGCCGGGACCAGGCCUCCCCUUACGACUUCAUGCUGCCCAGCGAGUCCCACUUUGCCGACUAUGUGGGGCGCUUGGGGGUCAGCAACGACACCCACGUGGUGGUGUACGACGGGGACGAGCUGGGCACCUUCUACGCCCCCCGCGCCUGGUGGAUGUUCCGAGCCUUUGGGCACAAGGAGGUCUCCGUGUUGAACGGCGGCUUCAAGAACUGGGUGAAGGAGGGUCACCCUGUCACGGCAGAGCUCAGCCAGCCCGCCCCGGCCGUCUUUAAGGCCAGGCUGAACAGGGCCUUGCUGAAGACCUUCGAGGAGAUGAUACAGAAUGUGGGCACCCUGCGGUUCCAGGUGGUGGAUUCCCGCCCCGAGGGCCGGUUCCGAGGGACCGAGCUGGACCAAGGGCUGGAGUCUGGUCACAUCCCUGGCUCUGUGAACAUCCCCUUCCCCUCCUUCCUGACGGAGAGCGGCCACGAGAAGAGCAUCGAGGAGAUCCAGGAGAUCUUCCGUGAGAAGCAAGUGGACCUCUCCAAACCCCUGACGGCCACGUGCCGCAAAGGUGUCACGGCCUGUCACAUUGCCCUGGCAGCCUUCCUGUGUGGCAAACGGGACGUGGCUGUUUAUGAUGGCUCCUGGUCAGAGUGGUUCCACCGGGCACCGCCGCGCUACAAGGUCUCCGAGGUGAAGCGCAACAAGGGCUAGAGGGAAAGUUGUUCCUUG